AUGUCAUUGCGGUCCGCGGCGGCCGAGGCUGGCGAGGGUCUGCGGCUGUCGGCCUCGUACGACAUCAAGUCGCGCGCGUCUUCGGCUUCGCUAGUGUCAAUCUCCCCGGCUUCAGCCAGCCGGUCGCGCAGCCUGGCCGCGCCAUCGUCGCGCCACCGCUCAGUACCACAUGACGUACCGUUGCGCUUCCACUGGGCCGGCUAUCUACAGAAACGCAGCGAUUGGCUUAAGCACUGGGAGACCUACUAUUUCGUCUUGCGGGGCCGGUCGCUCUACUGCUAUCUGUCCGAGGAGGACGCACGCCGUCAGAAUGCCAAGUCCAAAAUCAAGAAAGGCAAAUUCGGGUUCUCAGACCGUGUCUCUCUCGUUAAGGCCUGGGACGUCGAGGAAGUGCUAGGCGCGGCCAUCAGUAGUACAUCUGGCCAAGCAGGAUCUGCGGCUUCUACACCCGUGGCCGGGGCUGGCCCGUCCGGGGAGACCGGGCCGGACUCUGUAGCUGCGACGAGCUCGUCCUCGGCCAAUGACCCAGACUCCGAGUCGGCCUUCAGGUUCACGCUGGCCACGCAGAAGGGCCAUCAACUGCACUUCCGCACCAACUCGGAGGCCAGCAAACACACGUGGCUGCAGUUCGUGGCCAACGCUAUAGCCGAUUAUGAUCUCUCGGGCCACAUGCGGCCGGCCGUACAGCGACUACGCACCAACGUGGAGGAUUUCUACCGAGGAUACGAGUACUUUUACGCAGCUCUCUGCGCCAGGGUGGCGGCCGACGAACGAGGCGUACAAAUGGACGUACCGGCGUCGCCAUCGGCAGCAGGGCCGGGUACUCCGGGCGGGGCCACAGAGGAGACGGACAGAUCCAGCCUCACGUUGACGUUACCAAGCGGCAAGAAGCCGACGGCCUCGUUCAUGUCGGUGGCCCCCAACCAGCCUCUGGCCAAGACGAACGUGCUUCCCCCAAUGGACCACGUUCUAGUCCGUUUCUUCUCUCUGUUAAAAUCCGACGUGAUCCUACGUAGCAAUUACCUCCCCAUGGUGCCGUUCGAGGGCAAAUACCGCGGCUUCGGCGGUAUCCUCGAGUAUUUCUCACGACUGUCCCAAUCUGUGCAAGUGGAACAGUUUAUCGUGGAGAGUAUUCAGAUGGAGGAGGAAGAGGAACAGGACGAUAGUCCAGACUUCGAACCGCGUCACCGUCGGAACCGCAACCGGGUCGUAGUCAUCUCUGGAACGGAAACGAUGCAGGUACGAUACAACCAGACCACGUUCAUGCAACAAUGGACACACAAACUGCACUUCAAGCCGAACGACGGCGGCCGAGUGAGUCGCUGGGAGAUUUUCGGCGAUGUUGUGGCCUCCAGCGUCGUCUUUAAAGCACCUGGCUGCACGACGAACCUCACGUUGCCGUCUCUGGCCGAGCGUAUCCGCGAGUCUGUCGUCGGCGGAUACGUGGUUUCUAUCAAUCUGUACCAGAUCACUGAUGUCCGGUCGCGCGAGCUGCAAGGCGACGAGUUUUUCGUACGCUGUUCGCUGGAUACCAACGAGUUUGAAGGCGUGUGGCACACAGAGGCGCAGUCUCGAGCGGCCCCGCCAGUGGAGUGUCCGGCCGACUCAAGCGAGCUCACACCGUCGUGGUCGUACAGCUACCAACAGGAAUUGUUCUUGCAGUUCGAUCGCUUGUCACGCGAUGACAACACAGUGCUGCUCAUUGAAUGUUGCCGCAACUCGAACCACGAGGUUGUUGCUCGUACUCACGUGAACCUGGCCAAGUUUCUGAACGGGAGCAGUAGCGGCGGUGGGUUUAGCUCUGGCAGCACGAUUUCCAGUCGCCUAAUGGGACGACGAAGUCGGAAGAAAACGACGAGUAACGCGUCCAGGGCAGGAGAACUACAGAGCUACGUGCUGUCCAAUGACCACCAGAGUUUCUUUGGAAAACUCCAACUAGGUCUCACGAUCUCGUCCAUGUCGCAUCGCUCGAUCUCGCAGCGGUCCUCGACCUCGAGUUUCCGAGAUAGCUAUCGAGACAGCUUUUGCUCCGAUGACGGCACUGUGGGAGCGGCGUCUCUGGCGUCGUUCGAGAGCCCGUCGGCCGCACGCACCAGCUUUCGCUCGUUCACGAAGCUCACGCAGCAGUUCGCGCCCUCAGGAGAGGAAGUCAUGCACCAGUUUGUGAUUAACGGCGUGCGCUAUCAAUUAGCCGAGAAGUACCGCAUGGUCAAGAUCGUAGGCAAAGGCACGUACGGCGAGGUGAUCGCAGCGAGCGACUUUGUACACGGCGGCACGUUUGCGAUCAAGAAGCUGGGCCAGUUCCUGCGGCAUCCCAAGGUGGCGCUGCUGGCUCUGCGUGAGAUCAAGCUGAUGAGCGAGAUCGGCACGCACCCGUGCCUUAUGGGCUUCCACGAGCUGCAGCGACCUCUGGACUUUGAGCACUUUGAAGACCUGUACAUCAUCCAGCCGCUUAUGGAGACGGACUUGUGUCGUAUUAUCCACUCGAAGGAGAGUUUGAGCGACGACCAGGUGCAGUAUUUCCUCUACCAAAUGCUCUGUGGCAUCCACUAUCUGCACUCCGCCGACGUGUUGCACCGUGAUAUUAAACCGAGUAACAUUCUCGUGAAUUCGGAUUGUCGGAUCAAGAUCUGCGACUUCGGAUUGGCACGACACGCGAACGACCGAGAUCUGGCUGAAGGACUGUCGGAGUAUGUGGUGACAAGGUGGUAUCGUGCUCCGGAACUGCUACUGGCGAACGCGUACACCAAGGCGAUCGACAUGUGGUCGAUUGGCUGCAUCUUCGCUGAGCUCUUGGGACGACGUAUCAUGUUCCCCGGAACGUCAUACGUAGACCAGCUGAAGGUCAUUGUGGACAUUGUAGGAACGCCGACGACGUUCAGUUUCUGCGAUAACCCCGUGGCACGGCGCUAUGCUGGAAGACAGUUCUUGCUUCAGAAUCCCCAUGUACCCAAGGUGGACUGGGCUCAGAUCUUUCCGGAAGCUAAUCCGGACGGGUUGGAUCUGCUAGAUCGGUUACUACAGUUUGACCCGGCUAAGCGUAUCACGGCCGCCGAGGCGCUGGAACACCCGUACGUGAGUCAGUGGCGAGAUCCGCUGCUGGAACAGCCGUGCAAUGCCGACGUUGCGACCAAGUUGACGCAGUUCGACUACGCGCAGAUGACGUACGAUCCGCAAGCACUUAAGGAAUUGCUGUACCAAGAGGUCAUGAAGGCGCAGCAUCCGCCCUCACAACACCAGGAGACCAUUGCCGAGUAG